AUGGCUUGUAAUCUGUCGCCGGUCAACGAGAUGGCCGACUCGAUCACGAGCAGCACUCCGUCAGAGGUAGGUGGCAACCGGGUGGCGCGCCUACGACAGUUAUCUCGUUCUCUUAUCGCCCACAGUAAAUACCGUUUUGUUUCUCUUCCGCUCCCCUCUUCAUUAUCGAUUGGUCUAGACUCUAGAGAGACACUAGAGUAGUCCUGGGCGCCUGACUGUGGCCCGUUUUAUGCUGCAUUCAGUGCUGAUGGGAGAUAAAUUAUGUCAGAUUGUGUAUGGCAGCACCGGCUCUCCAGAUGAGCACCGCACCAUGUCGGACAAAGUGCAGACGAUGGCUUCUGCCAUCUAUCGUGAACUGGAAACAAUGAUAAAGGAGCGCGGCGAGGACGGCGUCAAGGUGAGUCUUCUCCUGAACUCUGGCUGAACAAUGAACAUUCUCGUCUUGUUUGUUAGUAUGCAAAUCGGCCAGAAACAGGACACCGAUCAUCUGUUAUUUUCUCUGUUCAGACCCUCAUGCCUCUUGUCGUGAAUGUGCUCGAAUCACUCGAUUUGGCUUAUUUGGAACGAGAUGAGCAAGUGGCAGAGCUCGAGAUGCUCAAAGAAGACAAUGAGCAGCUGCAGACCCAGUACGAAAGAGAAAAGGCACUUCGGAAGCAGACGGAGCAGAAGUACAUCGAGAUAGAAGACACGCUGAUUGGACAGAAUAAAGAGCUCGAUAAGAAGAUAGAGUCGCUUGAGUCCAUCAUGCGAAUGCUCGAACUGAAAGCAAAAAAUGCCACCGAUCACGGUAUUUUCACAUCCCAACCAGCCAAUUUCAUACGAUUUUCAGCAAAUCGUCUGGAAGAACGAGAAGCCGAGCAAAAGCUCGAGUUCGACAGACUCCAUGAGCGAUACAACACUCUUCUGCGGACGCACGUGGAUCACAUGGAACGGACAAAGUACCUAAUGGGCAGUGAAAAGUUCGAGUUGAUGCAGAAUAUGCCCCUGCCGAAUGUGCAGCUCCGCAACAAGUGAGUCCCUUUCCCUCCUUCCCAUUUUCAACCAGUUUCGUGACUGUCGUGUCGUCGUUUGUAGUUGGUUUCCCAUCUCCCAUCGCUUGCAUAAAAGUGAUCAGAAUCCGCUGUGAGUUUCUCGUCGAGCCCUCUUCUUUUUCUGUUUCCACGGUUUGAGUCCCCCUCGAAUCGACUCAGUUUAGGCACACAUUUUGGAGAGCAUGAAACCCACAUUCAUUGUUUUUUCUGGUUGUUGUGUAUUCUUUGUGUUAUUUCCUCGGAUUUGUUCGAUUUCUGUCUGAAACAACCGUUUCAGAAUGGGAAUGGCUGCCUCUGUCGAUGCUUCUUCGAUUCGAGGAGUCUCCGAUCUAAUCUCAGCCCACAUGACACAGUCCACCACUAUGGACGUCAAUCUGGCGAACCAUAUCACAAACGAAGGUACGUGACACUUCGACGUGGCGUCUUCAACAGGGGUUCUGUAUGAAAUCAAACAUGGAAAGUAUUAUUUUCGCAACUGACAUGAACUCACAAACACUGACUUUAAUAGCAUUCGGUACACUUGCUCCUUUCCCUUUUCCCUCAAACCCUCACCGUUUUCCAGAUUGGCAAGACGAGUUCUCGUCCGACGUGGAACCGUCGCCACGCGACAUUCCGCCGUCAGCCAACGAGAUUCUCUCGCAAGCCAACUCGCCCGUUUUCGCGAAAGAACCGACUCCGAAGCACGAGAUGACGUCUCCCAAGCAGUCGGAAGAAGAGGCAGAUGAGACGACUUCUGUGUAAGUUGCCACGUGGCAUCUUCUACAAAAAAGUUCAUUUUUUUCAGUGAGCACAGGGAAACAAACGACUCUCUUGGCGCAGAUCUCACAGGUUUGUGUUCUAGAAAAAUUAACGAAGAACAAAAGUCGAAUCCACGUAGUGUCUUUACCACUAAUCGGAGUGCUCUUUUGUGCUUAAAAGGAACUGUUUCCUUUCUAACCUUUCAUCUCUGCUCUUUUUUCACACACAUUUCUCUCAUGCACUCACGAUUUGGGGAUGUCCGGGAAAGAAGCAGAUAUCGGGGCGAAUCACUGGCACACACCGUCCCACCCACCUCUCCAGUUUCUUAGUUUUAUUAUUCUCCCAUUUUGACAGGAAACCUAGUGGAUCCGGCGGAGUUCGCUUCAGCGGGUAAUUUUUCAGUUCAUAUCGUCGUUAUCCUCCUUUUCCUCUAUCAUUUGUCGUUUUCUGCUUGCUUCUUUCUCGCUUUUGUCCGGUUUUCCCUGAGCAUGAUCUGACUGAAACCCACAAAAAGGCUCUCCAAUCCACUCCGGCACACCUCCAUUUCCCUUUUGUCAAAAGUAGAUGUUGUAUCGUAUUUUGAUGUGCGUUUUGUGUUUUGGCAGAUGACGAAUCGGAAUGGAAUGCGUUGGGAUUGAGACCGCCACGUGGCAGCCGCUGGAACGACGGAGGGAUCGACGACGACGACACUUCGGACGACGGCAGUUUGGGUAGGGCACACGGCACAAAAAGAGCAUGUGCAUGCGACAGCGCCAGUGUUCUCAGUUCUGCAUUUCUCAUUCUCUUUCUAUCUCUUUUCCAUUAUUAACAAUCUCUCUUUUUCAGUUAACGACACAUUCAUCGGUGAGUUUGGAGACAAAAUGUCGUGAUUGUAAAUUUAGAGAGAAUGCCAGAAAGCAACAACAACAAAAAAAUCAAACCGACCUCUUAAACUUUUCGAAAAGCAUGCAAUCGAUCGUUUUUGCGACGAGGCGAUUUUCCAGCUCACUUCCCGAAUUCCCUUUUCCACACAUUCUGACUGGAAGAUUGUCACGUCAUCAUGCGCUUCCCUUUUGUUCCGUUCGUACCUUUCCGUUCAACACUGCUCAUUCAGGAAUGGGACGAGAAGUGGAGAACCUGAUCAAGGAAAACUCGGAGUUGUUGGACAUGAAGAACGCGCUGAACAUUGUCAAGAACGAUCUGAUCAACCAGGUUGACGAGUUGAACAGCGAAAACAUGAUCCUCCGAGACGAGAACUUGAGCAGACAGAUGGUCAGCGAAAAGAUGCAGGAGCAAAUUUCGAAGCUCGAAGAAGAGAUGAAGUCGAUGAAGCAGAAGCUGAUGGACAAGGAGAACGAACAAGAAGAGGUAAGAACACGACCAUUCUUUUGUUUAUCACAGAGUGAUUGCAGGAAGACGUUCCGAUGGCCAUGCGCAAACGAUUUACUCGAUCCGAAAUGCAGCGCGUGCUCAUGGAUCGAAAUGCGUACAAAGAGAAGCUGAUGGAGCUCGAAGAGUCGAUCAAAUGGACCGAGAUGCAACGAGCGAAGAAGAUGCAGCAGCAGCAGCAGAAUGUGAAUCAGAAGAAGUCGGGCGGCAUCUGGGAAUUGUUAGCGAAUUUCUCCCCAAGGCGAACCUUAUCCGCUUAAUUGUUACAGUUUCUCGAGUCUCCUGGGCGAAUCAGUGACUCCUCCCGCAUCUGCUCGCGGUAAUCGUACUACUUCCACGCGCAGCAAGAUGACCCGCUCGGUGGAGUACAUCGAUCCAGACAUGUCAGUUAACAACGAAUCGGGCUAGUUGAACUUGUUAAGGGCACAAUAAAUGUAUGCUAGAUGUGUGUCUUUUAGGAUACAUCUGAGCAGAUAACAGCUCCCCUGCUUCGCUCUCGAUGAACAAUUCAUAUAAUUACUGAAAACUCUAGUACUGACCGCACUCGUCCGCACACUAGCACUCACUAAUCACUGAUAGCCAUAAUGCACUCGAGACAGCUUUAGUUCCCUCUCCUUUCCCGCAUUCCUCUGCCCUGCCGAUCUCUCACAAUACUCCUAGAGACGAUCCCUUUCUGAUCCCUUUUAUAUAUUAAUCAAAUUGCAUUUUAUUAUCACCAAUCAUAUUGGUUGCCGAUUAGUUUAAUUUUAUCAUCAAAACCCGUUUAAAUUUUCUCCGUUGAGUUAACCCCGUUGCUUGUUAUUCUCGAAUGUUUUUGUAAAAUAGUUCUUUGGAAAUGCACGGGUAGCUUUCCCUUCCUCGGUUUCAGCCGCAUGCAUUCAAUUCACCCAUUCAUCCUAAUUGCACUCUUCCCUCAACCUCAUCUAUUCAUUGUGUUGUGAUGUCAUGCAUCUACCGUAGGGCACACUGUUUCAAUAUAAAGAGUUUUUUGGAAAUUGAUGUUGUGGUAAAUUGAUAUCGACAAAUUUGCAGGAUUUCGGAGAGACGUGCCGCCGAGAGACGAGAGCAGUACAAACUGGUGCGAGAGCACGUCAAGAAAGAGGACGGCCGAAUCGAAGCGUACGGCUGGUCGUUCCCGAACGUCGACGCCGACGUCUCUUCUGUUCCGAUUCCCGUCUGCUGCCGACCUCUUCUCGAUAACGAGCCGUCGCUCAAGGUUUGGUGUGCGACGGGAGUUGUCCUGAGAGGAGGAAGGGACGAAAAGGGACAGUGGAUCGUCGGAGAUCCCAUCUAUUUCGCUCCCGCUUCGUUGAAAAAGACGAAAACAUCGAACACUCGUUUGGAGUUGGAGGAUGAGAUACAGGUAAGAAACCGAAAGUUCUGAGGCAGAUAAGAGAGCCUUCCAUUCUCAGAGAGCCCGUAAUCUGGAUGCUCGCGAGAGUGAACUCGACGAGUGGCAGUCCUCUUCGCUCGUUUGGGUGGCCAGUUCGAAUCAGGGGAAGAGCUUGAUCGCAGUUUUCGACGCGAACAAUCCGAAUAACAUAAUCGAAACGUUCCCGGCGUGCGACAGUCAUCUGCUGUGCAUUCAAGCAGUCUCCGGAGUGAUGGAAGGCGAACCGGAAAUGAAUGAGGAACAGUCGAAGAAGUAUCUGUCAGGAGGCGGAAAAGUGAAGGAGUUGCCCGAAGGAUUGGAUGGCGCAGACCUCGGAGCGUGCGAAUGGGUCGAGCUGAGAAAGAUGGAGGAUUCGGAGGACGGAGUGCCCACUUACUGCUCGAACGACAUGAAACCGAGUCCGAAGAGAACGAGAGACUGUGAGUUUAGGUACUGAUAUGAAUGCAAAUAGAUUCAUUUCCAGUCAGCAUCAGCGAAGUGGCACCGGUCGACCCUUCCGCUCCUGUUAAAGGUAAUAAAAAACAAGCUCCAUCUCGAGAAUCCCUUCUUUCUCUUCUUAUUUGCUACGUCUUCUCAUCUCUUUCUCUUUUCUCUUUUUAGCCAAAACUAAAUUGUCGAGAGUGUCGGAGAGUGUGAUGGCAGACGAAACGCCGAAAGUGAUUCCACUGGAGAAACUGAAAAAGGCAAAAGGUGAACGGGGGACGUCUUCUUUCGAUGUCGUGUCGUCCCUCACUCUGUCUCUCUUUAGUUCCAGUCGCCUUUCAGUUUUCCUCAGCACCUGUUCUUUCUGAAACUCUUCCACUAAUUCAAUUUCUAAAAUGUGUAAUCCUCGGUUACCGCUUCUGCACGUCUCCGUGCUCUACUGCUUAAUUCGUCUCCAACCUCGGCACUUUCAGAGCCGCUUCCGCCCCCUGCCACUCGUCCGGCUGGCCGAGCAGCACUUCCGCCACACAUCCGAGACGCGAUGAGCAAGUACGACGGAGUCUCCGGACAGAUGAGCGGCGCACUUCCGACUGUCUGGAUGGGCGGCCAAAACCAAUAGUGAGCACUUGAAGGCGUCAUUCUCUGAUCUGAACUCUUUCUCUUCCAGCAUCUACAUUCACUCAGCGGUAACUGCAUGGAAGCAAUGUCUCCGUCGCAUCAAAAUGCCUGACGCCGUUCUCAGUAUUGUGUAAGCAGACACAUGUCAAUCCGAACAUCAUGCAUAUUCAUUAUUUUCAGACAUUAUAAGGGUCGCAUUUUCGCAGCUCUUGCCAAUGGAACCAUUGCCAUCUUCCAUAGAAACAAACGUAAGAGACAUUCGAAGUCCGCUACCCGCACUUGAAGUUUUGUUUUCAGAUGGUGAAUGGUCAGACGAAGGAUAUCAUUCUCUGCGCGUUGGAAAUGCCACCUCAUCUGUCCGAUCACUUUGUCUCGUCUCGACGAACAUCUGGGCAACCUACAAGAACUGUGUAGUCGUCAUUGAUGCAGAGAGCCUUCAGAUUGUGGUAUGCGCUUCUUUCAUUCUCCACUCACUGAAUAUGUUCAUCUUCAGAAAGUGUUCGCUGCUCAUCCCCGCAAAGACAGUCAAGUCCGUAAUAUGCAAUGGGUGGGAGCGGGGGUCUGGCUCUCGAUUCGUCUCGAUUCGACUCUCCGCCUCUACCAUGCUCACACGUACGAACACCUCCAAGACGUGGACAUUGAGCCGUACGUGACCAAAAUGCUCGGCACCUCGAAGCUCGACUUCUCCUACAUGCGAACGACGGCCCUUCUCGUCUCAAACAGAAGACUCUGGAUUGGAACAGGAACUGGAGUUAUCAUUUCAGUUCCGUUCACUGGAAGUGAGUUGUGAGAAAUAGUGACGUCAUGUGUAAAUAGCGUUUCAGAGCUGGAAAAGAAGGUCGAGACGAAGGAUUCGAAGAGUCCUGUCGGACCGGGAGGGCUCGUCAGAGUCUACGGAAAUCCAUCAGACAAAUCGAAUGAAGAGAAGUCGAGUGAUGACCUCAUUCCGUACUGCAACAUGUCGCACGCCCAACUCUCCUUCCACGGACACAAAGACAGCGUCAAGUUCUUCCUCGGUGUACCCGGGGCGUCAAAGAACGGCGACGAAGAGUCGGCUGAAGUGACUCUACGGCGCAUGUUAAUCAUGUCCGGAGGAGACGGAUACAUUGACUUCCGGAUAGGUAGACAUCUCCUUUUUGUCCGCCUAAAGAUAUCGCUUUUGCAGGUGAAGAGAACGAGCCGGUACUGAGUGGGAUAUCCAUUCGACCACGUGACAUGUCUCACUUGAUCAUCUGGGAAAUCGAUGCCGAACUCCCGAUCCUUUCCAAAUAA